UGACGUUUUUCCUAGAUAAGAAAGAGUGAGGGUUUAAGAAAAACGAGAAAAAAACGUUCACGAACACUCAGAGCAAAACAAAACCAAGAGAGCUUCAGAUUAGAAAACUAUGAAUGCUUCUAUAAUUCAAGUAAUGGUUUAGAAAAUUUGUCAUUUUUGAGAAGUUUCAUCUAUUCAAUCACUACUGACAUUACCGUCCGUCAAAAUGGAGCCAGAAGUUGUUAUGAAAUUAACAGUAACACCGGAAGAAAUUGUAGCUAACAGAAUUUUUACUUGCCAAAUCAGUGAUUGUGGAGAACGGUUUACAAAUACUUCCAAUCUUCAAAUGCAUCUCACGAAGCAUCAUAAGCUUUCUUCUUCUAUGUGCAACAGCAGAGACAGUACCAAGAAACAAUUUUAUUGCCCUAUCCAAUGCUGUAUGUAUAAUGUGCUGGCUAGUGGAAUUAAUUUCUUUACGUCAUUCCGUAGUCUAAAGCAGCAUUAUUUGAAAAUGCAUUGCGAAAAGCACUUUGAAUGUAAUCGUUGUCCAAAAUCGUUCGCUACAGGAUCACUGCUGCGAGCGCAUCAAACAAAUUGCGGUAAUGAAUUUAUCUGUAAAGUUUGCAGUCAUUCUUACGGAAGUAGGGAAGCUUUGUUAACACACACUAGAAGGAAGAAUCACGGCUACAAAGAAUUAUUAGCGGAGAAGAGCGAUAAACGAAAAGUUGAGGCUAAACAAAAACCUAAUAAAAUAUUCAGGCAUUCGUCAACACACUCCGUCAAAGCCAACGAAAAAGAGCAGAUCUCUGUCCGGAAAUCUAGAACCACUCAAACAGAACUGCAACGCAAGCUUAAUGAAUGCUCUACUCAAACAACAAAAUUAGAACCCAGUUCCUCUUUUCCUACCUGCACAUCGACAACGGACAGUUUUUGCCAAACAACCUUAGAACAAUUGAGCUACUUUGAUGAUUCAAAAAUGAAUUACUUUGAUGCCAAAAAAAUAUGCGAAGGUCACCAAUGUGAAGCAGAACCAGUUGUUUGUGUUUGCAGUGAAACACAAACCGAGCUCAUCUACGAUACAAUGUUUCCGAACGAAGACCGUGCCGAUCCCAUGUUGUACUCCCAUAUGUACACUCAAACAUGCGAUGAUAUUUUCUCGGAGCUCGGACUAGCGACCAUUGAAACACAGACUAAUUGGAACGGACUGGGGGAAUUUUUGGUCUCAACGGAGACGCAAACUCUUAAUCUUAUCUGCGACGCAUCAGAAUCAAAUUUGAACGCUGGGAAUCAAAACGGUGAGGAAAGGAUUUCAUCUAUUCAAACGCAAACCUCAGCCACUAUGGAGUUUUUAAAUGCCAUUAGUUCCGAAAGUAACUCGAUUCACACCCAAACUUCCUGAUAUUAUACCGAUGAGGAUGACUAUCUGCUGGAUUUCUAGUUGGUAUUCACCGAAAACGAGAUUAAAGACAGGUAAAUUAUUUUCAUUUUUUUCAGGAUAUGGUUAUGAAAUUACAGUUGGACUGUUUCUAGUUAUAAGUCUCAUUCUUGUUAUCGCUCGAAUCAAAUUUGUACGAAAGUAAUGUUAUUUUGUAUUCUCGUUUUCCUUUUAUUAAUUUCUCCAAAUGUCUCCAUUGUGCCCUAUUAGAAAUAAACACCUAUUUGUAUUUGUUCAAACCGAUAUUUUUCUAUGAAUGUCGGAAACGAUCGUGACGAAGAAUAGGGGUGUACGUCUUGCUAAUUUUCAUGUUUUACCAGUUUCGCAAGUCCUAUCAGUGGUGGGCACAUUACGCUAAAUCGUUAAUUAGCGACGCUGAUUUUUGGUUAGUGGUUGAGCGAUUUCGUAAAUUUUUGAGCCAGUUAGCGAACUGUUAGCGUCGCUAGAAAUAUGGCCUUCGAAACGCUAAUAGCUGAUUCGCUUAAUUUUUAAGAAAGCGGCAAAAAGUUAUGAUUGUGUGCUUGAAAUAUCUUCAAAUUUUCUGCGAGAGUUACUUUCAAAGUAUAUGUUUCAUUCAAACAACGUUAAAUUGGCUAAUGCUGUCUAGAGUUCCGCUCUUCUUAUAAGACAAUGGCAAAUCUGUCUUUUCGUGGGUCAGCCGCGCGUUUUGGCAAAAUGUACUGCUUUAAAACAUGCCCCGCAUGUAUUCGAAAUAUGUCUCGCAUAUCAUGUAGAAAAAAUUUUGUUCAUCACGGUGAAGAUAAGGGGAAUAAAUCGUGAGUAUUUGGGACUUUUAACUAAAAAAUUCGCUAUAAAGCUAUGAAAGUCUGGUUGCUUAAUUAAACCACAUAUUAACGUCGCAGCACUAAAUCGAAAUCGCGCCUUUCGUGCGCGCGAUUUUUCGUUGCGACUUUAAAUAUCCUUCCGUGGGAAGUAGUGCGCUGUAUAGCACAUCAGAUGCGCUAUACAGCGCACUAUUUGCGACGUAAGGUAUAAUGUGCGGCAUGAGAGUAAAAUCAAUUGUCGCCAGUCGACAACUACAAUUUUCAACUAAAUGGAUAAUACUUAGACAUACGUAACACUGGAGAUUUUGAAGUAGAAUACUUCUCUCAGGAAGUUCGGCUACAUAGGGAUGUGAAAUGAAAAUCUAAAACCGAAAAAAGUGAAAAAUAUGUCCAAUUUUAAAUGCUAAUAAAUCGGUUAGUAUUCGAUGGAUUUCCUUCGUUCUUGCAGCAAUAGAUUGGAAAAUCUUCUAAGAUUCUUCCCAAAAGAAGAUAAUUGUAAUUUUGUUAUUCACACCAUUGUACUAUUGAAAACAGUCAAGCCUUGUUAAAACGAAAAAUUCGACCUCUGAUUGGUCGUUAUAUGAUUGCUUCCCAAGCACGGUCGACAGAAUCAUAUACCGUGCAGUUUUAAACAAGCUCUUUGGCCUAUAAAAGAGCCUGUUUCAGCCGAAGCCGCUCAUAAUAGUUCUAGACAGCGACAACAGCAGUCGUCCUCCCUUAGCAGCAGCACCAGCAGUGCAGUGGAUACCAGCGAUGGCGGAAAGCGGCCACAGCUGUGACGUAGCAAUGGAUAGCACACUAGUUGCAGCGGUUCCAGCAUCGAUAGCGGCUGAUGCAGUGAGGCACUUUAGUGAAAUGCAGUCUCUAUGCGAUAGUGGGCACUAGUAAAUGCAUUCAAUGAAAAGUUGACUCAUUUUGACAACACGUGAGCCGUCUAGUUUUGAGUGUCAGAUCAGCUUUUCACUGUUUAUUUUAUCAUAAGGAAUACUUUAUUCGCACUGUCAGUGAUAACGCAAAGGUGUGAUCGGCAUCUUAUCCGAUUCCGAUACUAAAAUGAAAAACAAAUUGCCCUUUCCGGAUGAAAUAAAAACUUGAUUGAAGAGUUAAUAUUUUCUAAUGAGUAAAUUCAGAUGUUCAAAUUUGUAAAUGUUAUAAAUUUUACUUUAUCUCCGUGUCUCAAAAUUUAAAAACAAGCCCCAAUCAUGACAAGCAACUUACUAUAUUAUUGAAAAUGUUCAAUCCUUGUUGAAGCGCAAAAUUCGAUUGAUCUGAUUAGUCAAUGUUUAUUUACUAGAAAAAAGGAUUGACACGCAAGCAGCCGGGUUAUCUUUCUUGUAAAAGUAUUCUACUUCAACCUUGCGGUCGUGGCUUUGCACACAACCCUCCUGUUUUUUUUGUACUCUGCCCCACAUCACCCUAUACCAACACCAGUAUGAACUGCUCGACGAAAAUGAACGGAAUGAAUUUUCUUCAUAGCGGCUCUACUCGAGCCCUCAACAAAAUCCCUUACGAAACUGCUAGGUCGGUUGGUUUUCAACCGAUUUUCUUCAUUCUUGCAGCAAUCGAUUGGAAAACUAUACACGCAUCUGCCAAAAUGCAGAAAAAUGUUGUUUGAAUCUACGAACUAUUGCACUAUUGAAAAUUGUCAAGCCUUGUUGAAAUAAAAAUAACGUCCUCUGAUUGGUCGCUUGCUUGCUGUGUGUGCAUGAUAUGGUAUGAUGUGUGUAUGGUAUGAUGAUAUGGUAUGAUGUGUGUGUGUAUGAUAUGAUAAGAUGUGUGUGUGUGUGUCCCUAUGAUAUGGUAUGAUGUGUAUGCAUCUGUAUGAUAUGGUAUGAUUUGUGUGUGUGUAACAGCAACAAUAUCGCACGCUUAGCCUGGGGGCUAAUAGCGGUCUCGAUCAACUCGAUUUUAGUUGAGAGAAUUUUUUUUUUAUUCUCGCUUAUUUUCCGUCGGUCUAUUUCCGCCACUGUUGUGGCCAAUUACCGACGCCCAGGGAGGCGGACUCCACACCCAGGUCCCUAACUCACGACCCGUUUAUUAACGGAUCAGCGCCAACGGCUUUACUUCCUCAUGCGAUGGAAGGCGUGAUCCCAGAGAUUUUUCGCCUCAGAAAAUCUCCCGGUGUCGGCUAGGAUUGAGUCUAGACCAGUUGGGUUGGUUGUGAGUGGAUCACGCCACCUCACAACCAUCGCCACCUAUGUCGGCGGUGGGAUUCGAACCCAGGCGUCAAGCGUGGUUGGCGGAGACGUUACCAACCACACUAGGCCCCCGCUCAGUUGAGAGAAUUUGUUAUCGAUAUUGUUUUUGGCACAUUUUGUAUGUGUAGGAAAAGUACAACGAUACACCGUGCCCCAGUGCUGAGUCGAGAAAAUUUCCAGCUCGAAAAGAUCCUCGACUCGAUCGGGAAUCGAACCCGAUAUCACAACCGUGUAGGAGAGCUAGCCGACCGACAUCGCUAACCACAGAGCCACGGGGACCACACUGUGUGUGCUGUGUAUGGUUUUUAACUCGGCACGUUCUGCUAACUGCUGAAUCCGGUUCACGAAAUUCACAACCCUUCAUUAGUAGACAUUAUAACUCAUUACCCAAGUAAAAAUAUUGGUUUUACCAAAGUUUUAUAGCGCUCAAUACAGCCAAAAAAGCGCUAUGAAACUUUGAUAAAACCAGUUGUGUUACUAGGGUAAUGAAACACUCAAUGCAUUUGUUAAUAGUGUACGUAGUUCUACGUCAUUUAUGCGGUCGUGUCUUGGAUACAACCUCCUACUUUUUUACAGAAGUUGGUACUUUCGAGCAGUUCAUUUUGUACCAGCUUUUUUGGAAGAUUUCUUCCUGAGUGUUACGUCUUAUGUAUGUGAUUAAACUACAUAUAGAAUCAAGAUUAAUUAAACUACAUAUAGAAUCAAGAUUAUUAAUGCUUAAAGGAAUAAACCGAAGCAUUUCUAGCAGCAACGAAGCCAGUACAGCUGAAAUUAAAAAUUCAAUAUCAUCAUUUUUCGACACACCUUCGGACACCACAUCAGCUGUUGAAGCAGUGGCCAAAUCGGCAGCAACAGCAGCAGUAGCAACAAUAACAUCAACGUUUUUUCUGGUACACGUUGCCCCAUAGUACUCCAUACCUCGAACUGUACAUCUACUUGACAAAUAAUGAACAAAAUGAAUUUUCUUUUUCUCGGCCUAAUCGAGCCCCAAAGAAAAUCACAUAAGGAACUGUCAAAAAGUUUUUAAAAAAUCAAUGCAGCAUUUUUCGAGUAGGAACGAGACAAAUGCAGGGCUGCGCAGAUACACUGCCUUCAAAAACAACUCAAACAGUGAUUUUAUUCAGGCUGUGGUACCAUUCGAGUAGUUCAUUUUGUACCAACUUUUUUGGAAGAUUUCUCCUUGAGUAUUACGUAUGUCUUAUGGGGUUAGUAACGAAAGGCUGAAACCCGAAAGGCUGAAACUCGAAAGACUGAAAAGUAUGUUUCAUAACGAAAGGCUGAAUGCACAAAAGGCUGAAACCACAAAAGGCUGAAUGAACGAAAGGCUGAAACUUUUAUAACUUGAAUCAUAAUCGUUGAAAAAUUCGGACACAUGGAUAACCGAGCCUUUGGCAUCCCUAUACCGAAAUACAGUGAAUGACAAUGAACUCAUGUCAUUGGCUCAAAUUAAUUUGUGUCCGCUGCAGCUAGCUGGCAUCUCUAUCUUAUUUGCUUUGCUCCGUUAGGAGCUAACAUCACUGCGGAUCCGCAAUUUGCGGGCCCCAUUGACAGAUGCUAUGUUAUGCGUAUGAAAAGUGGCGGUGAUAUGCUAUCUCGUUUACACACACGCUGAGAUGUUAGUCCUCGAAACAUGGCGGGAUGCCAGCUAGCUGGUCCGCUGUCAGCAGUAAGAUAAAGAUGUAUGAAAAGGAGCGGUGAUAUGCUAUCUCGUUUUUACAUAUGCUGAGAUGUUAGCCCUUGAAACAUGGCGUGAUGCCGAAGGGGUGUGGAUAACAAACCUUUAUAAGGUGACAAAGUUCAAUGUUUGAGUAUUAAUUGGUUUGUGCAAUGGAAAAUUAAUUUUCGGCAACAUUUGAAUCUAUACACACUAGACUCUUACACGUUUCCUAUAGCGAAUUUCUUUAUUCCAUGGGGUUAGUGCCAACUUUCGGGUGGAAUAAAAAAACGAUCACGAUCUACGAUCUAAAGCCUUACGUUGGUGUGCGUGAGACCAUGUGCAAUGUAAACAUAAAUAAGGCAAUCCACGAGACAGUUGCGAUCAGCUGAUUUUAGUCUGUUUUCAACUUAUGACAGCUUUACGUAUAUUCGAUCGGUCGCAACUUGGAUACAACUCGGAUCCAGAAGCGUGAAAAACAAAUGUUAUCCGAUCGGUAGCUCUUGUAUUGCGGAUGCCAAUCCUAAAUACAACAAUAACAAAUCAUUUUUGAUAUUAUUGCCGACAUUAAAAGAUUUCUGUUUUGGUCGUGUUUUGGUUUUGCAGCUUGAAAAACAGCAACAACAACAAACGCAUCCGUAUAUUUUUUUACUACGUCGAUGACAAAAUUCGCCAUCCGACUCCUGCUUGUUUUCGAUGGCAUACUGAAAAUUCUGAUUAAAGCACUUUCGAAAUCGGAAUCGGAAUCCAAAUCUAAAUCCGAUUCCAUUAAUUCCAUAACAAAUACCUUUGCUGCAGCAUUUAUUUCUCUCUGCGUUCCAUGAUUUCACUGCACAGACGACAACACAUUUUUCUGUUGUUUUCAGCAUCACCCGCGUGUUUUGACCGUUUUGACAGAUACGAUGUAAUAGUAUUGGUGAACCCACUCGCAAAACUGACUAAAAUCACAGUGCGAACCUGUCUGUUUUUGCAGGCGCUUCCAGGUCAAUACUGGGUCAAUAUCGAGCGAAUAAAGAAGGGUUUUGACAGCAGUUAGUGCGCUUUCAGGUCAAAACGAGGUGAGCUGGUGGAAUAAAGAAAUUCGCUACUAGAUGAUUCAGGGCAAGACGGCCGAAGGCCGCGAGUGUGCGCCGGUGACCCGCCGUCGGAAGCGCCGGCCACUGCGGGGGGCAGCUCUGGAUCCCAUAGAGUUCUCCAAGCGAAAACACACGAACACUACGACACGGCCCGCUUUACACUGUAUAUUGAAAUUUGUGAGAGUGUGAAUCAAACUCGGUAUAGUUUUUUAUCCUCUCUUUCAUAUGACAGUUCUCACAGGUGACCAAAAUUCUUACAGCUAACAAAGAAAAAUCGAAUACAUCGCACUAAUACACACGCGCCUGGAGAACUCUAUACAAAUGACAAGCGUCAAAUCAAACAGCGCACUCCAUCUAUUAAAGGUGGAAGUUUGCAUCGCUGCGAAGACAGAGUGGGCGUAUGUGGUGGUCCAACCAGGGGCCUAUAAACGUCAACAUUUUGCCUACAAAUCAUAAAUUCAUCACGGCGGUAAUAAUUCAUUUCAAAUACUUACAAAACUUAUCUCAUUCAUUGAAAGUGCACAUUGUAAUAAAAACAAAUGUUGAGUUCUUGUUUUUUCCAUCUAAAACGACAUUUACUCGAGAAUAAGUCUACUGACAAAAUGGGGCGUUUACUCUAUUUCACUUGUUUUAGGGCAAACCAACCUAAAAGUGGGUACCAGAAACGCUGGUACCAGAAUCAAUGAGUGGUAGAUGGAAAAUGUAUGGAGUUUGACAGCCACAAAAGCCCCCUGGGUCCAACCUGUGCGAACGGCUUGCAUUCGCAUCGCAAGCACACACACUAGCAUGCCUCAGUUCCACUUUUACUCGAAAGACUGCGCUUCCAAAACUGUCGCUCAGUCUCAGGCAGAGUUCCCUUUAGCAAGAACAUCAUAUCAAGAAGACUGGCAUCUCUGGAUUGAUCCCAUACAAAUGGCAAGCGUCAAAUCAAACAGGGCACUCCAUCUAUUAAAGUGGAAGUUUGCUAUGAAAGUGCUGGUAAUUACAUCGCCGCGAAGACAGAGUAUGCGUAUGUUGUAAUCCAGGCUGUGCGUUCGGUUUGCAUUCGCAUCGCCAGCACACACACACUAGUAUGCGUCAGUUCCACUUUUACUCAAAAGACUGCGCUGCCAAAAGUGUCGCUCAAUCUCAGGCAGAGUUCCCAGUCUUCUUGAUAUGAUGUUUUUGCUAUUAGACAAAGAGUGUAUUACAGGCUUAACCCGUUCUCACUACAGCGGAUAUCAUGUGAUUAAGCGUGUAUCAUGUUGUUAAGCACGUUUACCCUAGAGAAAACUGUAUAUUAGGAAAAUGACAAGGUACUCGCCGUUGAGGCUACUGUCACACCAAAACAAAUAAUGGAAAUGCAAAAUUAUAGGCAGCUCACCCGUUUUGAUGCUAACAGUUGCCUUUACGAUGAGUGCCUUGUCAUUUCCCUGAUAUACAGUUUUUUCUGCGGUAACCCGAACCCGAAUGGGUUGUUAAGCACGUUUUAUGGUUAUUGAUUAUGUCGGAUAGAAAACCGAAAUGUGAAACACAUUUUAUGACGUGACUGAACCGCAAGUGUAUUUUACGUAAACACGAAAUGGUUUAUAUAUUAGCACAGAUGCAAGUGGAAUAAACUGCGCAGUAACGUGUCGAUUUUUUAUAGUAAACCAUACUGCCGCGCAGCAUGUCAGUCCCACCUGCAUUUUCAGCAAGCCGAGAAAAACGCGUUUUUAUAUGAUUUUAUAACAUUGCUUCUUACGAGAUGGGACAAUAUGUUUGGAUGUUUUCCAGCACUUUUUCAGAACAAAGUUGUGGAGCUCAUCCAUUGUUACGAAACUAUGCAUUGUUAGUUCCCAUUUACGCGUAAUAACUCAACUUCACUGAAAAUGCAAAUGGGACUGACUUACUAUGCGUGGCAGCAUAGUACGGAACAAGAAGUGUGUUAUUUAUAUUUAACUUGCAAAAAUUAUCCCUCACUCGUUUUGUUUACACUUGCGCAUGCGACCUUUUGACAUGAGUGUCGAGAGAUGAAUCCUAAUAGAAUUUACUCAACUCAUGUGUUGUAUUUCACGAGAGUGUAAAUUUGACAAAUGCACAAAUAUACACGCUCGUAAAUAAUAACUCUAAAAUGAGUAACAUUUGACGCAUUUUCGUAAAAAGUGGAACUACUCUAAAAUUGAGUAACUUCACAAAUACUCAAAACUGAGUAACACUAGGCGUGAAAAAUGAGUCAUUAUUACUCAAAAUUUGAGUACGACAUUACUCAUUUUUUGGGUACAGUUCAGUUUCAUUUUUGGCUAGAAAUCGCCACGACCAAUAAACAACACCACAUAUUCAUCAAUAAUUAUACACUCAAAAUAAUUUUCACGUCAUAAUUACCGGAAAAGUUAUGUGAAUAUUUUCCACUGUAACUUUCACGUAGAUUCUACGAAAUUGUCAUUUGAGUUCAUCAUGAUCUGGUGAGAUGAUUUAUCCUAUGAAUCUUAUACAGUACUCAUAUGCAUUUUAUGUGAAUUUCACGUAGAAUUCAACUACCGGUAGAAUGGAAAGCAUUCGAUUAUCUGCUAGAUACUACGUUUGAUACAACGUAAAAUUUCCAAAUUUUGUUUCCCCAGUUCUUAAAAGACGGCAAAUAGUUUUUAGAAAUUAUAGAAAUAUGUUGCUUGAUAAAUCGCACGGGCAUGCGAAAUCGCCGAUUCGUAAAUGAAUCAAACGACAUAAAAACGGACAAAUAUUACAUUUGCCGGCGAUAACUAUUGUAAGCUGCAACUGUUUAUGUAUAGGAAACUCCUCGACCUUUGAACUAAAUCUGUGUGAAACCUGUAAGCUCAAGGCUCGAUGUCAAAUUCGUACGGUUUUUCGAAAGCUCACUUAUAGGCAAGCCGUCGAGAAAUUCUAUUUUAUUGUUAGAGACUGAGUUAGACAACAGCUUCGCCAUUUUGAUUUCUGUGUAUUUUCACAUAGAGAGUUCACGCGAUACUUCUUCUAUGACAUUCUGUUUGACGUUGCCAAGUUCACGUAGAUACUACGUGAUAAAACAUAGUAUACAUGUGAUUUUCACGUAGAUGUUAUGUUUGUCACAUAAAUCAUGCAAAAUGACAGAAAAUGAAUAAGUACAGGAAAUUUCACGUAACAAUAAUGUGAAAAAUAUUUUGAGUGUACCUUGAAGCAUCUUAUACCUUAUAUGAAGGGAACUCAAAAAUUGAGUCAAAGUUACUCAAAAUCAAAAAGGACUUCUACUCAAUUUUUGACGUCUACGAACAUCGUUCUAAACUGAGUCAGAGUUGCUCAGUUUAUGAGUUAUUAUUUACGAGCGUGUAUACCUUUCUUGUUUUUCUCAUGUAAAAAACCUAAAAACAGAAAUACCAUCAGCAACCAGGGUUGCCACAUUUAAAUCUGUGUUUUCCUUUGAAAAAAUCUGAGCAUCUGUAUCUGGAACAAAAAUAUCUGUAAAAAAAAUCUGUAUUGUUUAAACAUAAAGAACUUUGUAUUUUUUGAGUGUUUAUGGUACAUAAACAAAAUUUUUAACUUACUUGUACCGUUACUUCGGCCAAAAAUCUGUAAAAUACAGAUUAAUCUGUACAUGUGGCAUCCCUGUCAGCAACGUUGACAGGGCCAUUAUUGACCGGCGUGAUUUCACCGACGGUUUUACUCAGCGACACAUUUAUCCGACCGCAGCGCACGGCGUACGGUAGCGGCGGGUGUCGGAACUAACUGAAACUAAAUAUUAUUUUUGAAAUUAAUAAAAUUAAUGAUAUUUUUAAUA